GUGUCCUCAAUGGUGAGGAACUCGUCCGGUGCCUGAUAGGUGAAUUAGCAAUUAGCAACACCCGGAGGACGACCAUCUGUUGUCCAGUGCUGCAGAAGGUGACGGUAACCGGCAGCCCACUGCUCGUGGACGGUUGGGGGGACGGUGUACACGGGGUUCUCGGCGUCCAGGCGACAUCUUCCUGGUGAACCACUGCUUCUUCGACAGCGACCCGGCGGCCAUUGGUGGUUCUGGCCACGUCGAUCGGCCGUCCGCUCGCCCGUCGUGACCUUUGGGCUGAGCACAGCCAGGGCCGCAUCUCCUUCUGGUACAACAGCCACGGCCAGUCCCGGCCACAACAACCGGGGAGUGAUCGUCAUAUGGACGCCGCCGUGCACAACGUGGAGGCGGCCAUCGAGAUCCCGCUCCUCAUCCAGGUCAUUCCCGGCCGCUGGAACUACGUCCACCAGACCGCCAUCAUCCCCAAGGGCGUCCACUACGCCGUGGUCUUCACCACGCAGACACGCUGCGAAUUCUUUUUAUGACUGUCGAUGAAAUCCUUAUGGAGAAAAGCUCGUUAAGAAAAACCAAGAAACAUUCGUUAUCCAUUAUUUGGCACAUCGACAACGUCAGUUAUCCGUCAAUAGAUGCAGGGUUUGUGUCUGAAUGAGCCCUUCCAAGUGGGUGAAUGAAAUUGAAUUUCCGUGGGGUGGACGCGUGAAGAAUGCAUGUGUCCCGCAUGUAGCUGGAAUUCGAAGGAAUAUUCGCCGCGCGUGAUUUCGUUACUGGUUUGGAUGCGUUCCCUCUGGCGGAGAUCGGACCCGUGGUGAGUUGUCUGGAAUUAACGACACCGCGACCGCCUGUUUCCGUUACCACGACGGGACCGGCCACCCUCCUUACGGUGCCCACGACGCUACCAGAUUAUUAUCGCUCCUUAAAAAAGGCCUACGAUAUACGGUGCGAUAUACGGUAGGCUCCUAAACGUCACAACGGAGUACCCUUACCGGACCGUCAUACGAUAAGUGUGACGGUAAGUGAUGAUCCUAUCGUUAUUCUGGUGUGGGCGUACCGUUGCUUUUUGCGAAGUAGCAACCGCCACCUUUGGCAUGUACUUGGAUAUCAGUUCCGCUCGAUCCAAUGAAUUCUUGAAUUCUGAUUGGUUGUUCGUAUCUCUUUAUGCUUUUUGCUGAUUAAAAAACUGCAUGCAGCAAGAAAAAAGGGAAAGUUUUUUAUCUCUUUUGGAUAUUUUUGAGGUUUUUUGCAGUUUACUGUAAGUGUAGUCACGUUCUUUUGUUACUGGAAAUGGAGGCUCCGACACCACCAACGUCUGAAGCAGGCCUUGAUAUUCCUAAUGUUCGAGUGCUAAAAUGUCGAUUUAACGCCACUUCUGAUCUCGUUCUCCUGGACCUCGUCAAGCAUUACAAUCCCUAUGUCGCGGACAAUAAAAGUGCUGCUUGGAAAGAUAUCGUGAGAGCUUUGAAUGACACUAAGAUUUUUGUGAAACCUGUGACGGAAAGAGCUGCUAAGGAUCGGCUUGCAAAUUUGGUCACCUGGUUCAAAGCAAAAGAUUUGCGAAAUAAAAGCCGCAGUGGUACCGAGGAGCAAUAUGGACGCAUGGAAAUCUUCCUCACCGAGAUAUGUGAACUUAUAAAGGGAUCCGAGGAUGCGGAGGCGGAAAAGAAACGCGCAGCUACUCAAGCACAGAAAGAGCGCCAAGAAAUCUCCAACAUUAUGAAAACUGCUGGCGAACACGGCCGCAAAAUUCCAAACGAUGAGGAAGACCACCUGAAUUUGGCAACAUCAGCGGCUUCUUCGCGGGAUUUAAACAAGGAGGAAUGGAUGCAGGAGACGGGCUGUGGCGAGCAAGAUUGGGUCGAAGAACUGAAGACUCGAGAGGUCCUAAAACAUUCGGCAAAGCGUAUGAAAAUUUCCCCGCGAAAAUUUAAGUUUGUUGGAUGUCCCAAAAAACCGCUGGAGAAAAAGCUCCGCACGUCGCGCUCAAAUGCGGCAAAAGCCCAGAAUGUUGAUGUUGAAGAGAAGUGGCUCGACAACUUUAAGGAGUCAGACAAUAAGCGCCUGGAGUUCGAAAAAUCAAAAGCCGCUGAAGAAAUGGCCGCUAAAAUGAAACUGGCCGAAGAUGCUAAAGAAGUGCGCUUAAAGGAACUAGAAGUGGAGAAAUUACGUCUUCAGGUCGACCUGAAAAAAAUUGAAAACGAAAAAAAUCAGGAAAAAUAUUAUGGCUUGUAGAUUUUUUUAAUCUCGCAAAUACUCUUCGAGAAAUGGUGGUUCUAAAUUAAAAUACUGGCUA